AUGGGCCCUGGAGUCCCUCCUGACGGUCCCCCUCCCCUCUCCCCCGCAGCGCAUUUCCUGUACCAAGAGAAGCUCGAGUGCCACUUCCUCAACGGGAUGCAGCGGGUGCGAAUCCUGCACCGGAGCAUCUACGACCGGCAGGAGAUCGCCUACUUCGACAGCGAGCUCGGGAAAUACGUGGCCGUCACUCCGUUGGGGCAGCGCGAUGUGGACAAGUGGAGCAGCGAUAAGGUCUUCAUGCAGAUCAAGAGGGCCGAAGUGGAUUCCUUCUGCCGGCACAACUACGAGACAGCCAAGGCCGGGCAGAUGGUGGGCCGGAGAGCCAAGCCCACCGUCUCCAUCUCCUCCACCAAGCUGGAUCCCACUUCCCCCCACACCAUCCUCCUCUGCACCGCGAGGGGCUUCUACCCCAUGGAGAUCCAGGUCCGGUGGCUGAAGAACGGGCGGCCGGAGGAGGAGGGUGUGGCCUUCGGGGAGGAGCUCCAGAACGGAGACUGGACCUACCAGCUCCAGGUGAUGCUGGAGACCCAGCCCCAGCGGGGGGACGUCUACACCUGCCAGGUGGGGCACGCCAGCCUGGAGGCCCCCAUCACCGUCCAGUGGGAGCCCCGUUCCUCCCACUCUGCCAGGAGCAAACUCUGGACGGGGAUUGUGGCAGCCGUGAUCGGGGUGAUCUUCUUUGCCAUGGGGCUCUCCCUCUACCUGAAGAGCAAGAAAGGUGAG